AGCUUCUCCUGGGAGCACCUAAUUCUGAGACCACCUGAUCCCAGGAUCACCUCAUCCCAGGAGAACCUGGUCUCGGCAGCACCUGAUCCUGGAAAAUUCCAACUGGCAGAGAAUUCUGGAAUCACCUUAUUCCAGGAGAAUUUGAUCCUGAGAGAACCUUAUCCCAAGAGCACAUCCUUCCAGGGAGAAGCUCAUCCAGGGAGAUCCCAGGAGAUCCUUAUUCCACAAUCACCCCAUUCUGGGACCACUUUAUCCAAGGAGAACAUUGCCCCAGGAUCGCUUUAUCCCAGGAUUAUCUCCUUCUAGGAGAAGCUCAUCCUGGGACCCCCCCAUCCCAAUACCUUCUGCUAAUCUCAAAGCCAGGGUCCCUCCUGGUGCAUUUCAGGGUGUCCCUGUGUUCUCCUGCCAUGGCUGAGCCCUCUGGGAUUGGGGACAGCAUCCCAUUGGAUGACCCCGGUCUGGACAUCGCCGCUGGGGAGGAAUUCCUGCAGGAAGUGUUCCAGAUCCUGUUGGAGGAGGGUGUGCGGAAGAGCAUGGACGUGACACAGAAGGUGUGUGACUGGAAGGAGCCGCAAGAGCUGCGGGAGUUGCUGGAUCUGGAGCUCCGGAGCGACGGGGAGGGGCAGGAGCGGCUCCUGCAGCGCUGCCGGGACGUGCUGCGCCUCAGCGUCCGCACCGGUCAUCCCCGGUUCUUCAACCAGCUUUUCUCAGGGCUGGACCACCACGCCCUGGCUGGACGGUUCCUCACCGAGACCCUCAACACGAGCCCAUACACAUAUGAGGUGGCCCCGGUGCUGGUGCUGAUGGAGGAGCAGGUCCUGGCCAAGCUCCGAGAACUCGUCGGGUGGAGCAGCGGUGAUGGGAUCUUUGCUCCCGGGGGCUCUAUGUCCAACAUGUUGGCCAUGAAUGUGGCGCGAUUCCAGCGUUUCCCAGAGAGCCGGAGCAGAGGGAACUGGGGCCUGCCUCGCUUGGGCCUGUUUGCAUCCCAGGAGAGCCAUUAUUCCAUCCUAAAAGGAGCUGCUCUCCUGGGAAUUGGCACAGACAAUGUUCACCUGGUGCGGACAGAUGAGAGGGGGAAGAUGAUCCCAGAAGAGCUGGAGAAGGAGAUCCAGAGGGUGAAAGCUGAGGGCUCAGAGCCCCUCUUCGUGUGUGCCACAAGUGGCACCACUGUCCUGGGUGCCUUCGACCCGCUGGACGCCAUCGCCGACGUCUGUGCCCGCCAUGGGCUGUGGCUGCAUGUGGAUGCAGCAUGGGGGGGCAGUGCCCUCCUCUCCCCCCAACUCCGUCACCUUCUUGCUGGCAUCCACAGAGCUGACUCAGUGACCUGGAACCCCCACAAGCUGUUGAUGGUGGGGUUGCAGUGCUCAGCAUUCCUGCUCCGUGACAGCUCUGGGCUCCUGCAGCGCUGCCACGGUGUGGGGGCCUCGUACCUGUUCCAGCGGGACAAGUUCUAUGACGUGUCCCUGGACACAGGGGACAAGAGCCCCCAGUGUGGCCGCCGUGCUGACGGCCUCAAGCUCUGGAUCCUCUGGAAAGCCGUGGGAACCCAGGGACUGGGACAGCGUGUGGAGCGGGCAUUUGCUGCUACUCGGUAUCUAUUGGAGCAGGUGAAGAGGAGGGAGGGAUUCCAGCUGGUGACAGAGCCGGAAUUCAUCAACCUCUGCUUCUGGUUCAUCCCACCCAGCCUGCGGGGCCAGGAAAGCUCUCCGGAAUUCUGGGACAAACUGGGAAAGAAUGGGGUUUGAAGAUCCCUCAGUCCCCCUGGAGGCUCUGGAGGAAGUCGAGAAUUCCAGGAUUAAGCCGGGCGUGCUCAAGGCAGGAUAGGAGCCGGGACACCGUGGCCUCCUGUCGCUCCCGCCGCCACCACUCCCGCAGCAUCUCAAAAUUCCAGAGGACGGGAUUGCCGGGAUUUUCCUCCUGGAUCUGCUCAAGCCGGCUCUGCUCCAGCCCUAGAUGCAGAAUUCCUACUUCCUGCCACUCUUUUCCCAAUCUUUUGGCGACUAGCAUCAAUUCCUUCUCUGUCAAGCGCCGGGGAUUCAUAGGUGGAGCUGGAAUCCCACCAGGAAGAUGUCCUGAAGAGGGGUCCCCCCUCACCUUGGGGGUGUCCCCGUUAGGCUCCCAGGCAGUUUCCUCCGGGAUUUGCUCUUCCAGGGGCAGCUGGAAGCGCUGGAUGAGGUCGAGGCGGCCAAGCUGCCGCAGGAACCCGGCGGUUACACGCAGGGAAUUCCCCGGGAAACGCUGGAGGAGGAUGCGGCACAACUCAGGGCGCGAUGCUGAGUGCAAAAGCCCGGCAGGAACCUGCCCUUCCAUCAGGAACUUGAGGGUCUCAAAUUGCUCCUCCGGGAGAGCUUGGUGCACCUCCAGCAGCGUCCCCCGCUCGUCCUUUGCCAUCAGGGCAAAAAAUCUCACAGGGAAG